CUCGGCCCGGGCCGCCGCCUGGUGCGGCCCGCGAGACCGCGCCAGGCGGCCCCCUCGGCCGCUGCCCCCAGAGCUCUCCUCGCCCUGCGCCCCCCUCCCUCCCCGGCCGCGGGAUGGCGGCGCCGCCCUGGUGCGCCGCGGCAGGCCAGCCGCAGCGGCCGCGGCGCUCGGCAGCCGAACGCCGUGCCCAGGCGGGGCGCAAGCAGGCGCGCGCGGCUCAAGAGCUGCUACGCGCCUUCCGGGACCUCGGCCACCGGGGCUGCCGCCCCACGCGCCUCGGAAAAGCGCUGGCGGAGGCCCUCGGCGCGGUCGCGCCCUCUGGCUCGGCGCCCUUGGCAGCCAGUAGCGGAGGCAACGGAGCGGACUGGGAUCCGGACAGAGCUGCCGCGGCCCCGGCGAGGCCUGACCUCACUGGCCAGGCAGCGGCGCGGGCGCUCCACGAGGCCACCGAGCACGCUGAGCCUCAAGCCGGUCUUGCCGCUCAAGGGCCAGACGCAGGUUGGGCGCAGACGCAGGCAGCUCCGAGCAGCGCUCCGCCGCCCUGGACGCCGCCACCCUGGAUGCAGCAGCCAUGGGAACCUCCCGCACCCACAGCGCCACCGCGGGAUGAGCAAUCGCGGACGAUGGACGCUCUCUCCGGGGAGUACGGCGAGCGCUCCACCCUCCGGCGCAGGCGCGGCACGCCCGUCCCGAGCAGGGCGCAGUCUGUUGGGAGCAUCUCGUGCCCCUCGGCAGAGAGUGCCGUUGAGAAGGACAAGGGCGCCGAGGCCUUCGAGGAAGCUGAGGCGCCAGAGGAGCGCGCGGCCCUUGGCACGGCGAGCUCGCGCCCCGAAGAGCACGCCGCGAUGGCCGGGAUGUUGGAGCAGGGAGUGGUACGCGUUCUGGCGGACCGGAUGGCUGCAGGCAGAGGGCCAGCUACGUUAGCCAACCUCGAGGAGGAUUUCGAGGCCCAGUGGAGGCUGCCCCUCGACGUGCGGCACGUGGGCGAAGCGGACAUCGUGACCUUCCUCACGAACUGGUCCAACAGGGUCGAGAUCGUCAGGGGCCCCGACGGAGCGUACGUGGUGCAGCUCGCGCCGCAGUUCGCCACAGGACGACCACGCUGAGCGAGCAGGCACCAGCAGGCAGCUGACGGCUGAGCCUGGCCCAGGCCCAGAGGGGCCGCGUGACUCAGAGGCCUUCAUCGACCGACCGACCGACCGACC